AUGGCUGAAGAAUACCACUACACGUUGUACAGCUAUUUUCGAUCCUCCUGCUCAGCACGAAUUCGAAUUGCUGCAUUGCUCAAGGGCAUCUCCCUGGAUUACAAGUUCAUCCACCUUGUCAAAGGCGAGCAACACGGGGACGAAUAUAGAAUUCUCAACCCCAGUGAAUCUGUACCAACUCUCAUUGUAACGGACGCCCGGUCAGGCGAGCUCGUUACCAAGAUACGACAAUCGCCAGCAAUCCUGGAGUUCUUUGAGGAGACAAGGCCUGAUUUGCCCAGAUUGCUCCCUCUUCCAGAUGACCCAGUUGGUCGAGCCAGGGUACGCGAGUUAUUCGACAUUGUAGCUUGCGAUAUUCAACCGGUCACCAAUCUCAGAGUUCUGAACUUCAUCAAACCCCUGAGGGUCGAAGCAAAGGAUUGGCAGCAACACUUCAUGGUUCUCGGGUUUCGAGCCUAUGAAGAAUUGGUUAAGCAGUACUCUGGAAGAUACAGCGUUGGUGACGAAGUGUCCAUGGCAGAUUGCGCUCUAGCACCUGCUAUUGACGGAGCCCUGAGAUUUGGUGUCGAUGUUCAAAACGACUUCCCUCAAACCUGGAAGGUAUGGGAGAACCUCAAGGUCAUUGAGGCCUUUCAAAAGGGCAGAUGGAACAACCAGGAGGACACUCCGGAUGAGCUCAAGGGCAAGGAGUAG